AUGAACUGCGACACGUUGAAACUGACUGCUCUGGCCGCUAUCGUGGCCGAUCUGAUGGAUCAGAAGGGGAGUAGGCCUAUCUGGAGCUCGCUGGCAACAGAGUUCCUUCGAGAUCUGACGACCAAGCGCCUGAACGAGUUGCUGGAGGUACGUUGGCACGUUCAGUCACCUUGCUGCGUCUUGCUCACCAUUCUACAGCACUCCUUCUUAAAGGAGGCGGGAGGAGCAGGCGACCUAAUGCCGUGUGUCUCUAUAACGAACAAGAUUGCCAGCCACAAUAUUAAAGAGGUGAACAAUGUCUAG